AUGCGUCUCUCCGUAGCAGCGACUCUCGCUGCUUGCAGCACUUCUGCACAAGCAUUCACCGACUCGUCUCCUUUCCUCAUGUUCUCUACUUCCAAAUUCCCUGAACUUAGUCAAUCACAGCUCCAGACGAGCUCCUCCGUUCUAGACUCGGCCAAGAAGAUCCUUUCCUCGUGCCCAAGCAGCCGCUACCUCGUCAUCACACAGCCCAACCUCAACGCCGGCCACCUCAGAUCCAGCGACGCGGCACCAAAACUCCGACAAGCACUAGAAAGCACCAAGAUCGAUGGCCGAUUCAGCGUGGCCGAGGUCGCCGGAUCGCUCGACAUCAAGGAGCUGACAAGCUACAUUGAGAAGGCCUGCCAGGGUCAUAACCCAUCCGUGGAUCAGGUCGUCCUCGAGACUAUUCCUACAUCCGGCGUCAGCACCAUGACCGUGCAGGAGAACGAUGAUGACCUCGGCAUCGUGCUGGACCAGUAUGACAUGGAGGACUCGUACACCGUUAUCUACACGUCCGGACCCCGAUCCGAGGCGCUGGCUGGCGAGCCGAAGAUCUACGAAGCUGGUUUCCAAGAUACCGUGCACAUGGAGCUGAAGAGACACCUGCAGCAGGUUGCGAGGAACGCUUCUCCUAUUAACAGUACCACCAACCUGCCUCUUUUCGAGAAGUACCAGUUCUUUACGCCUGGCAUCUUCAUGGGCCUCGUUGCCAUCGUCGUGCUCUUCUCCAUCUUGGGAGUUGGUGUUAAGGCUCUCAGCAGCCUUGAAGUCUCUUACGGUGCGUUUGAUAAGGACGUGGGUCCGGUGGCCCAGAAGAAGCAGCAGUAG